AUGGCGAUGACUCUGGCAGCCUCCAUGCGUGUCCCUGCAGAGGGUGCAGCCCUGAUCCAGUCGAGCCAGCCAGAACUCGGCCUGGGCCCCGGGGUGGGCCCCUUGGAUUCUCCGGUGACUCGAGGUCGCAGUGCGGAGAUCCGAGAAAGUCCCCCUCCAAGCGCGUUCAAAGAGAAGGCCGGGAGUGGGUGGAGACCUGGCUGA